AUGAAGACACCCAGGACAUGGGCUUGGAUGAAACCAGCAGAGCUGUUCCUCCUCUGUGCUGUGCUGGUUUGUCUCAGUUUGAGUGGCUCCAGAGGUGAAAGGCUGCAUUCCCUUGAGUCAAACGCAGUCAAUGAGAGCCUUGCCAAGAGCAGACAGGCACGCAGUAUGCAUGACAUCCCAAUGCCUAUUGACUGCCAGCUGUCCAGCUGGUCCUCCUGGACAGCAUGUGAUCCUUGCCAGAAGAAAAGGUACAGACAUAUUCGAGUGCUCCGGCCAUCUCAAUUUCAUGGAGAACCAUGCAGCUUCUUUGAUAAAGAAGCAGAAGAUUGUGUUACCAGCAGACCAUGCCGAAGUCAAGUACGAUGUGAAGGCUUUGUGUGUCCACAGACAGGGAGGUGUAUAAACCGCAGACUUCUUUGCAAUGGAGACAAUGACUGUGGAGACCUAUCAGAUGAGGCCAACUGCAAAAGAGUUUAUAAAAAAUGUCAACAGGAAAUGGAGCGAUACUGGGCAAUUGACAACCUGGCCAAUGGAUUAAAUUUAUUUACAAACAGUUUCGAAGCCUCUGUUCUAGAUCACAGAUAUUACUCUGGCGGAUGUUCCCCCCAUUACAUCCUCAACACGAAGUUCAGAAAGCCAUAUAAUGUGGAAAGCUACAGCCCACAGACUCAAGGAAAAUAUGAAUUUGAGCUGACAGACUUUGAAUCAUAUGCAGACUUUGAACAUGCAGUGGCAAAAGAAUCAGUUUCCAUGUCUAGUUUCAGCUUUGGCUUUAAAAUACCUACCAUAUUUGAACUUGGCUUUGAUUUUGCAAAAGCUAAUAGUGAGCAAUUUAUUAGAAGAAUCAAACGAUUUGCUUCUACUAAAAGCAUGUUUCUGCACGCGCGCUGUGACCUUGAAGUUGCCCACUACAAGCUGAAGUCCAGAAACCUCAUGCUCCAUUACGAGUUCCUUCAGAGAGUCAAGCGGCUGCCCCUGGAGUACAGCUAUGGGGAGUACAGAGAUCUCUUCCGAGAUUACGGGACCCAUUACAUCACAGAGGCUGUGCUUGGAGGCAUUUAUGAAUUCACACUCGUUAUUAAUAAGGAUUUCGUGGAAAGAUCAGAUUUCUCUCUUGACAAUGUCCGGGACUGUGCCAAAGGCGGUUUUAAAAUUCAAGUACCUAUCAAAGCAGUGACGGUCAAGGGGAGUGUGUCGUUGGACAUAUGCAACGCCAUUCUGAAAGAAAUAGAAGAAAGAAACAAGAGGGUGACUGCAGUAGACGAUUUAGUGGUCCGAAUACGAGGAGGGGCCAGUGAGCAUAUCACUGCCUUGGCAUAUGAAGAGUUGCCCACGGCAGACUUGAUGCAGGAAUGGGGAGAUGCAGUGCAGUACAACCCAAGUAUCGUCAAAAUCAAGGCAGAGCCUCUGUAUGAACUGGUGACAGGCGCAGACGUUGCGUAUUCCAGCACAGUGAGGCAGAACAUGAAGCAGGCCCUGGAAGAGUUCCAGAAAGAAAUCAGCUCUUGCCAAUGCGCUCCUUGUCGGGGGAACGGGGUUCCUCUCCUGAAAGGAUCUCGCUGUGAUUGCAUCUGUCCCAUUGGAUUCCGAGGCACAGCCUGUGAGGUCACUCUUCGAAACAAUGUUCCUAUUGAUGGAAAGUGGAAUUGCUGGUCAGAGUGGUCUCCGUGCUCUGGAGGACAGAAAACAAGACAAAGGCAGUGCAACAAUCCACCUCCUCAGAAUGGGGGGAGCCCCUGCUCAGGCCUGGAUUCAGAAACACUUAGUUGUUAG